AUGCCGUACCAGCUCGGUUUUCUGCGGUGGUUCGCUUCAAAGUCGCCAGAGUUCGUUUGCAAAGACGAGCCCAUCGAAAACCAGAGACCGCUCAAGAUAAGAGUCAUUGGCGCCGGAUACUCAGGUGUAUACCUUGGCAUCCGAAUUCCACAGCGACUGGGAAAUGUAGACCUUCAGAUUUAUGAAAAGAACGAAGGUAUCGGUGGUACCUGGUGGGAAAAUCGGUACCCUGGCUGUGCAUGCGAUAUUCCUGCACACUCGUACCAGUACUCGUUCGCACCGAACAAGAAGUGGUCAUCCUUCUACGCGCCUUCUGAAGAGAUUUGUACAUACAUACAAAAUGUGGCACAAACGUACGGCGCAACUCGGUUUAUAAAGUUGCAACACGAAGUAACUAGCUGUCGAUGGAACGACACUCUCAAUAAAUGGCGCUUGACUGUACGACAAGUGGACACUGGGAAAAUAUUCAUGGAGGAUGCCGACGUUGUCAUCUCGGCAAAAGGCAACCUAAAUCAGUUUGCCUGGCCCAGCAUUCCAGGAAUAGAUACGUUCGAGGGAGAAAAGAUGCACUCUGCUCAAUGGAACCAGAGCUAUGAUUUCCGAGGGAAGAAAAUUGGAAUUAUUGGCGGUGGAUCAAGUGCCAUCCAAAUCGUCCCCAGGCUUCAAACCAUCGAAGGAACUACCUUGAGCUGCUUCGUGCGAAGCAAAACAUGGGUUUCCAACCGAUUUGGUGACUUCAUCAUGAACCAGAUGGGGUGGGACAAGAACGACUUGACAAUCGGCGAAGAGCGUGUCAAGCAGUUCGAGGACGAGGAUAACUACCUCAAGUUUCGGAAGCUGAUCGAGGAUGACGGCAAUCUCGUGCAUGAAUCGAGUAUUCAAGGAUCCAGUAUGCAGAAGGAGUUUGUCAAGACCUUUACAGACACCACAAAGGAGCGUCUCGCAAGCAGACCCGACCUUGCGCCGUCAUUCAUGCCCGAGUUUGGCCUUGGCUGCCGCAGACUAACCCCUGGUCCUGGAUAUCUCGAAGCCAUGACACAGGACAAUGUCGAGCUGAUUAAAACCGGUAUAGCUUCCAUCAACAAAAAGGGACUGAAGCUUCAGGACGGCAGACAGGUGGAUGUGGAUGUGCUAGCCUGCGCGACGGGUUUCACCACAACCUCAAUUCCCCCAUUCGAGGUGGUUGGCAAGAAUGGCCAGACUCUGCAGCAAAGAUUCACGCCGUUCCCCGAAACAUAUCUCACCAUCACCGUCGACAAUUUCCCCAAUUAUUUCAUCAUGCUCGGCCCCAACGCUGGCAUCGGUGCAGGCUCCCUGACGGUCCUCAUCGAGGCCCAGGGCGACUACAUCAUCAAGUGCCUCCGCAAGCUGCAAAAGGAAGACUACGCAUGGAUGAUGCCCAAGACAGCGCGCGUGAAAGACUUUUCGGAUUACGUGGGCGACUAUUUCAAGAAGACGGUGUACAUGGAGGAUUGCCAGAGCUGGUACAAGACGGCGAGCGGGAAUCGCAUCUCGGCGCUGUGGCCCGGGAGCAUCCUGCACGCCAUGGAGGCGUGGCGAUCUCCGCGAUGGGAGGAUUUUGAGUACGGGUCUACGGACAGCAACCAGCUCAGGUGGCUGGGCAAUGGCUGGAGCAUUUGCUUGAAGGGCGAGGGUGAUCCGUCGUUUUACCUGAAUCCCGACGUUGUUGAUGUGCCGGUGGCUGGGAAGCCGGAGUUGGACCCGAAGUUGGCUGCCAGACCGUAUUCUAAUUAG